AUGGCACUUUUUGUAGAUUUUAACUUCUCCAGUUCCACCACCGUGCUGGCUGCUGCUGUUCUCUUGCUUGUUCUUUAUCUCCUAUCUGUCAAUUACAUUUCUAAGGAAAGAGGGAAGGAACCCCCAGGACCGAGACCUCUGCCUCUGCUAGGCAACCUGUUGCAAAUUGACCUCAAGAGACCCUACAAAACUCUGCAUGAGCUUUCAAAGACAUAUGGGUCAGUAUUUACAGUUUAUUUAGGAACCAACAAGGUUGUGGUCUUGGCUGGGUACGAAGCAGUCAGAGAGGCACUGGUUAACUAUGCAGUGGAGUUUGGAGAGCGCAACGUCUCCCCAAUAUUUAAGGACCUGAACAGAGGUCAUGGAAUUUUGUUUGCAAAUGGAGAAUCGUGGAAAGAGCUGAGACGUUUUGCCCUCGCCACCCUCAAAGACUUUGGGAUGGGCAAAAGACUUACUCAGGGUAAAAUCCUGGAGGAGUGUGGCUAUCUGAUUCAAGUGAUUGAAGAUCAUAAAGGAAAUGCUUUUGAUACAGCUCUUCCAAUAAAUUAUGCAACAGCCAACAUUAUCUCCUCUAUUGUGUACGGAAGCAGAUUUGACUACGGUGACCCUGUAUUCAAGAACAUGGUGAAGCGAGCCAAUCAAACCAUAUGUGUCUCAGGUUCUGCAUCAGUCCAGCUUUUUAACAUGUUUCCUCGGCUGUUCGGUUGGAUAAAAAAUCGCCAGGUGGUGUUAAAAAAUGUUGAGAUGAAUGUCAGAGAUAUAAAGAAUUUAAUUAAGCAUCUGAAAGAGACUCUGGAGUCUGGACUGUGCCGAGGGCUUGUGGACUGUUUUCUGAUUCGGAAACAGAAAGAAGAAGACUCCUGUGUUUUGGAUACUCACUACAAUGAGGAGAACUUGACAUUCACAGUGAGCAACCUGUUUGCUGCUGGCACUGACACCACAGCAGCCACACUGAGAUGGGGUUUGCUGUUAAUGGCUAAAUACCCACACAUACAGGAGCAGGUCCACGAGGAGCUGAGCCGGGUAGUAGGAAGCCGACAAGUUUGUGUAGAUGACCGGAAAAACCUGCCGUACACUGAUGCAGUCAUUCACGAGACUCAGAGACUGGCGAAUAUUGUUCCCAUGUCUGUUCCUCACCAAACUAGCCAAGAUGUCACCUUCAAGGGAUACUUUAUCAAAAAGGGAACUAUUGUAUUUCCCCUUCUUACCUCUGUCCUGUAUGAUGAGAGUGAAUGGGAGAGCCCACACACUUUUAACCCUUCUCAUUUCCUGGAUAAGGAAGGUAAAUUUGUCAGGAGAGAUGCCUUCAUGCCCUUUUCUGCAGGUCACAGGAUGUGUCUCGGAGAAGGUCUGGCUAAGAUGGAGCUCUUCCUCUUCUUCACCUCCCUCGUUUAG